AUGGCUCGAGGACAACAAAAACUUCAAUCUCAAGCAAAAGCACAAGAGAAACAAUUGAAAGCUAAAAAACAACAGGGACACAAUGCGAACGCUCAAAAGAAAGCCGCACAAGCUGCUCUCGUACACGUUUGCACCGUUUGCAAGGCACAAAUGCCCGAUCCGAAGACUUAUAGGCAACAUUUCGAAAACAAACAUCCGAAAAAUGAAAUACCGAGCGAUUUGAAAGAAAUCCCCUUGGUCAAACUGACUAUUUCAUUUCCUUUUUCCGUUAAUCGUUUCAUUCGAAUGAAUUCGAAUUUCGUUACGGGUUUUUAA